AUGUUGUUCCGUAAUAACAGUAAUAAAAGCUUUAUUAAUUUUUCCCUUUUACUCUUUCUCUUCCCAAUAGUAACAAAAUUCAUACGUAUUGGCAUUGCGGAUAAAAACGAUAAUCCUCCCUAUUUCGAUAAGAGUUUAUAUGAAGCUGAAGUCGAUGAAAAUGAAGAUAUUCAGCAUACGGUAUUAACAGUAACUGCCAAAGAUCAUGAUGAAUCGUCUCGUAUACGUUAUGAAAUCACUAGCGGUAAUAUUGGUGGUGCUUUUGCUGUAAAAAAUAUGACUGGUGCUAUUUAUGUAGCUGGUGCUCUGGAUUAUGAAACACGCAGAAGGUAUGAGCUACGUUUAGCUGCUUCCGAUAAUUUAAAGGAAAACUAUACCACCGUCAUAAUACACGUCAAAGAUGUCAACGAUAAUCCGCCUGUGUUUGAAAGACCCACUUAUCGUACACAAAUCACCGAAGAAGAUGAUCGAAAUUUACCUAAACGUGUGCUACAGGUAACCGCAACUGAUGGUGACAAGGAUCGUCCACAGAAUAUUGUAUAUUUCUUGACAGGACAAGGUAUUGAUCCUGAUAAUCCAGCAAAUAGUAAAUUCGAUAUUAAUCGCACCACAGGAGAGAUAUUUGUAUUGAAGCCUCUCGAUCGUGAUCAACCCAACGGAAGACCCCAAUGGCGUUUUACAGUAUUUGCUCAGGACGAAGGUGGUGAAGGUCUAGUGGGUUACGCCGAUGUACAAGUCAAUCUCAAAGAUAUCAAUGAUAAUGCUCCCAUAUUCCCACAAGGUGUAUAUUUUGGAAAUGUAACUGAGAAUGGUACCGCUGGCAUGGUGGUAAUGACUAUGACCGCCGUAGACUAUGAUGAUCCUAAUGAAGGAUCCAACGCCAAGCUAGUGUAUUCUAUAGAGAAAAAUGUCAUAGAAGAAGAAACAGGAUCACCGAUAUUUGAAAUUGAACCGGAUACCGGUGUUAUAAAGACUGCAGUAUGUUGCUUAGAUCGUGAACGUACACCAGACUAUUCGAUACAAGUUGUGGCGAUGGAUGGAGGGGGUCUUAAGGGGACGGGGACGGCCUCAAUACGUGUUAAAGAUAUAAACGAUAUGCCGCCGCAAUUUACAAAAGAUGAAUGGUUUACGGAAGUGGACGAAACGGAUGGUACAACACUACCGGAAAUGCCAAUAUUAACGGUGACCGUACACGAUGAAGAUGAAACGAAUAAGUUUCAAUAUAAAGUUAUCGAUAACAGUGGUUAUGGUGCUGAUAAAUUUACCAUGGUGAGAAAUAAUGAUGGCACGGGUUCGCUGAAAAUAGUUCAACCUUUGGAUUAUGAGGAUCAAUUACAAUCGAAUGGUUUCCGCUUUAGAAUACAAGUCAAUGAUAAAGGAGAAGAUAACGAUAAUGACAAAUAUCAUGUAGCCUAUUCAUGGGUGGUAGUAAAGCUAAGGGAUAUCAAUGACAAUAAACCUCACUUUGAAAGAGCCAAUGUGGAGGUAUCGGUAUUUGAAGACACCAAAGUUGGCACUGAACUGGAGAAAUUCAAAGCCACUGAUCCCGAUCAGGGAGGACGCAGCAAGGUUUCCUAUUCUAUUGAUAGAUCUUCAGAUAGACAACGACAAUUUGCUAUCAAUCAAAAUGGUUCGGUAACAAUACAACGUUCUUUGGAUCGCGAGGUAGUGCCUAGACAUCAAGUGAAAAUUUUAGCCAUUGAUGAUGGUAGUCCACCUAAAACUGCUACCGCCACUUUAACGGUUAUAGUACAGGAUAUUAACGAUAACGCUCCCAAGUUUUUGAAAGACUAUCGUCCGGUAUUGCCGGAACAUGUGCCGCCACGCAAGGUUGUGGAAAUAUUGGCCACUGACGAUGAUGAUCGUUCGAAGAGCAAUGGUCCACCAUUCCAGUUCCGUUUGGAUCCCAGUGCUGAUGAUAUUAUUAGAGCUUCGUUUAAGGUUGAACAGGAUCAAAAGGGUGCUAAUGGUGAUGGUAUGGCUGUUAUUUCUUCCUUGAGAUCUUUCGAUAGAGAACAACAAAAAGAGUAUAUGAUUCCUAUUGUAAUUAAGGAUCAUGGUUCACCGGCCAUGACUGGCACCAGCACCUUAACCGUUAUUAUUGGUGAUGUUAAUGACAACAAAAUGCAACCUGGUUCUAAGGAUAUUUUUGCGUACAAUUAUCAAGGCCAGUCACCGGAUACUCAAAUUGGUCGUGUUUAUGUUUAUGAUCUGGAUGAUUGGGAUUUGCCUGAUAAGAAAUUCUAUUGGGAGUCACAAGAACAUCCUCGCUUUAAGUUGGAUGAGGAUUCGGGUAUGAUUACCAUGAGAGCUGGCACACGGGAGGGACGUUAUCAUUUGAGAUUUAAGGUUUAUGAUCGCAAACAUACCCAAACUGAUGUACCCGCCAAUGUUACCGUUACUGUUAGAGAAAUACCUCAUGAAGCUGUUAUUAACUCCGGUUCCGUAAGACUUUCCGGCAUAACCGAUGAAGAUUUUAUACGUGUAUGGAACUAUAGAACACAAUCUUUGAGUAGAUCGAAAAUGGAUAGAUUCCGUGAUAAAUUGGCAGAUCUUUUGAAUACCGAUCGUGAAAAUGUGGAUAUCUUUAGUGUUCAGCUUAAAAAGAAACAUCCUCCUCUAACGGAUGUCAGAUUUUCUGCUCAUGGUUCUCCUUAUUAUAAACCUGUACGACUAAAUGGUAUUGUGCUAAUGAACCGCGAGGAAAUAGAAAAGGAUGUGGGUAUUAACAUCACCAUGGUGGGCAUAGAUGAGUGUUUGUAUGAAAAUCAAAUGUGUGAGGGUUCCUGCACCAAUACUUUGGAUAUAAGUUCCCUUCCCUAUAUGGUAAAUGCCAAUAAAACUGCUUUAGUUGGUGUCAGGGUUGACACCUUGGCGGAAUGUACUUGUGGGGCUAGAAACUUCUCUAAACCUGAAAACUGCCGCAAUACUCCUUGUUAUAAUGGUGGUCGCUGUGUGGAUACCAGAUUUGGUCCUCAUUGUUCUUGCCCUGUAGGCUAUACUGGACCUAGAUGUCAACAAACAACCCGCAGUUUCCGUGGUAAUGGCUGGGCUUGGUAUCCACCUCUAGAAAUGUGUGAUGAUUCUCAUUUGAGUUUGGAGUUUAUAACACGCAAACCUGAUGGCUUGAUAAUUUACAAUGGGCCCAUUGUACCACCCGAACGUGAUGAAAUGUUAAUAUCAGACUUUAUAUCACUGGAAUUGGAGCGAGGCUAUCCUAGACUGUUAAUAGAUUUCGGUUCUGGUACCUUGGAGUUGCGCGUUAAAACCAAAAAGACUUUAGAUGAUGGUGAAUGGCAUCGUAUUGAUUUGUUCUGGGAUAGUGAAAAUAUACGCAUGGUAGUGGACUUCUGUAAAUCGGCCGAAAUUAGUGAAAUGGAAGAUGGUUCUUUACCUGAAUUCGAUGACAUGUCGUGUCAGGCUAGGGGAAAUAUACCACCCUUCAAUGAGUAUCUAAAUGUUAAUGCCCCACUACAAGUGGGCGGUUUGUAUCGUGAGCAAUUUGAUCCUUCCUUAUACUUCUGGCAUUAUACCCCUAUGGCUAAAGGUUUUGAUGGUUGUAUACGAAAUUUAGUGCACAAUUCAAAACUAUACGAUUUAGCUCAUCCUGGACUCUCACGCAAUAGUGUGGCCGGUUGCCCUCAAACUGAAGAGGUGUGCGCACAAUCUGAACAAACAGCCAGAUGUUGGGAACAUGGUAACUGCGUUGGUUCUCUCUCCGAAGCCAGAUGUCAGUGCCGGCCCGGCUGGACUGGUCCUGCAUGUAAUAUACCCACUAUACCUACCACAUUCAAGCAACAGAGUUAUGUUAAAUACGCCCUUAGUUUUGAACCCGACCGUUUCAGCACACAAAUUCAGUUACGUUUCCGUACACGAGAACAACACGGUGAACUAUUCCGUGUUAGUGAUCAGCAUAAUCGUGAAUAUGGCAUAUUAGAGAUUAAAGAUGCUCGUUUACACUUCCGUUAUAAUUUGAAUUCAUUGCGUACCGAAGAGAAGGAUUUAUGGCUUAAUGCAGUGGCUGUUGAUGAUGGCCAAUGGCAUGUGGUGCGUAUAAAUCGUUAUGGCUCGGCGGCAACAUUAGAGUUAGAUGGUGGUGAGGGCCGUCGUUAUAAUGAAACGUUUGAAUUUGUGGGCCAUCAGUGGCUAUUGGUUGAUAAACAGGAGGGCGUGUAUGCUGGUGGUAAAGCUGAGUACACGGGUGUUCGUACAUUUGAGGUUUAUGCUGACUAUCAAAAGAGUUGUUUGGAUGAUAUAAGUUGCGGCGAAGGACGUGUUAUGUCACCGGAUGCUAAAGGUUGUAUGGAUCGUAAUGAAUGUUUGGAUUUGCCCUGUUUAAAUGGGGCAACAUGUAUAAAUCUAGAGCCAAGACUGCGUUAUCGUUGUAUAUGUCCCGAUGGUUUCUGGGGCGAAAAUUGUGAAUUGGUGCAAGAAGGACAAACGUUAAAAUUAAGCAUGGGAGCAUUAGCAGCAAUAUUAGUCUGCUUGCUGAUCAUAUUAAGUGAAUGUCCUGCUGGUUUCAAAAUCUCUGGCAGUACAUGUGUCAAUGACAAUGAAUGUUUACUAUUUCCUUGUCGCAAUGGUGGUCGUUGUCGUGACUAUCAUCCGCCCAAAAAAUAUGAAUGUCAAUGUCCGAUGGGCUUUACGGGUAUGCAUUGUGAAUUGGAAUUAUUGGCAUCGGGUGUAUUGACACCGUCACGUGAUUUUAUAAUUGCUCUUGUUUUGUGUUCAGCAACAUUGAUACUUCUGGUGUUGGUAUUUGUUGUGUAUAAUCGUCGUCGUGAGGCGCAUAUUAAAUAUCCUGGACCAGAUGAUGAUGUACGCGAAAAUAUCAUUAACUAUGAUGACGAGGGUGGCGGUGAAGAUGAUAUGACUGCCUUUGAUAUAACACCGUUGCAGAUACCCAUUGGUGGUCCCAUGCCACCCGAAUUGGCCACAAUGAAAAUGCCAAUAAUGUAUCCUGUUAUGACAUUAAUGCCUGGCCAAGAGCCCAAUGUGGGCAUGUUUAUUGAGGAGCAUAAAAAACGUGCUGAUGGUGAUCCCAAUGCCCCGCCUUUUGAUGAUUUACGCAAUUAUGCUUAUGAGGGCGGUGGCAGUACAGCCGGUUCAUUAAGUUCGUUAGCUUCGGGUACUGACGAUGAAUGUCAAGAGUAUGACUAUUUAGGAGCCUGGGGACCCAGAUUCGAUAAACUAGCCAAUAUGUAUGGACCCGAUGCUAACAAUCAUACUACCGAUUUAGAAUUGUAAGUGAGUACACAGAGAGAAAAAAAAACAAACAAACUACUACCACACACAUAGAAAAAAAAAGCGAGAAACAAAGACAACAGUAACUAAAUAAAAUUGAAUUAAUCCCACAAAAUGAAGGCGAAACAAAUGAAGAAAGAAAUGAAACAAUUAAAAAUUUAAAUUCUAAAAUAAAAAAAAUGAAAAAAUUUCAUUAAACGAAAAUUAAUCUAAAGAAGAAACCAAAAAGCAAAAAACUCCAUAACAAGACAUACGAACAACACAAAACAAAAACUAACUAAAUAUAAAAGAAAAACAAUUUAAGAUUGCUAAGCAAGCUUUAAGAAGAAGAAAACAACCAAGGAAACGGAAAUAAGUAAAAGGAAAUUCGAAACCAAACAUGAAUAAGAAAUAAUUUCGAAAUUAAAACCUUAAAACAUAACUAACAAAAAAA